UCAUUGCUCGACCAAUAGAAGGUUGUCUAGGGUUUUUCUUUGACUGGAAUUCUCAGGGGUUUGGUUUCUCAGUCGGAGUGUUGUGUAAGGGUCCUGCAGUAGUGGCAGAACCAGAGCACAGCAGCGCCUGGGCCUGAGCCCUUUCUUGGGCGGCCCGCGGCUCUGAUAAAUUUUGGGGGCAAAGAGAGGGAGUCUUCGGUGACGAAGGGAGAAAACUAUCCGGGGCUCAAGAGGAAGGAGAGUAAAGGGAUUGAGAUCCCAGGGGGUCGGCGGGGAAGAUGAAUGGCCAGCGUGACCGCGUAUAGAUGUUGGACCUUAGAAAAAUCAGGCCAUGUUCUCCAAACCAUUCCGAAGACAUUGGGUGUUUCUUCUCGUGAUCUGGUUUCCAACUGUGCCAGCCUAUGACCUUGGAUAGCGCAGUGUAUUUAUUUUCAUUCAACGUGAAAGUGAAGCUACUAAUCGCUUGGUAAUAUAUUGCAAGAGGCCAUUAAUCUGCAGCUUUACUACUUGAAACAAAUACAUUGCGUAAGUGCAAUGUGGCAGGUUUGUACUUAAAGAAGAAAAAUUAAGCUGUAUUCAAAUAGCAAAACAGAGGGUUCUCGAGCCAGUCUUUCACUACCUUUAACGUUUGGCCUCUGCAUUUCGCUAAGAUGAGCACCCACCCUUCCACUCCCUCUGACCCCGAGCGGCGAGUCCGGAGCACGUUGAAGAAGGUCUUUGGGUUUGACUCUUUUAAGACGCCUUUACAGGAGAGGGCGACCAUGGCUGUAGUAAAAGGUGACAAGGAUGUCUUUGUGUGUAUGCCCACUGGGGCUGGAAAAUCCCUUUGCUAUCAGCUGCCUGCAUUGUUGGCUAAAGGCAUCACCAUUGUAAUCUCUCCUCUCCUUGCUUUGAUUCAGGAUCAGGUGGACCAUUUGCUGGCCCUGAAGGUACAAGUGAGUUCUUUGAGCUCGAAGACAUCAGUGCAGGAAAAGAAGGAGCUGCUGUCAGACCUAGAGCGAGAAAAGCCACAGACCAAGCUUUUGUACAUCACCCCAGAGAUGGCUGCUUCCACCUCCUUUCAGCCCAUCCUGAGCUCGCUUGUGUCCCGCCACCUGCUUUCUUACUUGGUGGUGGAUGAAGCUCACUGUGUUUCCCAGUGGGGGCAUGACUUCCGCCCUGACUACUUGCGUCUAGGUGCCCUGCGCUCCCGCCUGGUGCAUGCCCCGUGUUUGGCUUUGACUGCCACAGCCACUCCACAGGUCCAGGAGGAUGUGUUUGCCGCACUGCAUCUGAAGCAACCAGUUGCCACUUUCAAGACUCCCUGCUUCCGGGCCAACCUUUUCUAUGAUGUGCAGUUCAAAGAACUGAUUUCUGAUCCUUAUGGGAACCUGAGGGACUUCUGCCGUAAAGCUCUUGGACAGAAGACUGAUAAAAUGUUGUCUGGCUGCGGCAUUGUCUACUGCAGAACUAGAGAGGCUUGUGAACAGUUGGCCAUAGAGCUCAGCAGCAGGGGUGUAAAUGCCAAGGCUUAUCAUGCAGGACUGAAGGCUUCUGAUAGGACACAAGUGCAGAAUGAAUGGAUGGAGGAAAAAGUCCCUGUCAUUGUUGCAACCAUCAGUUUUGGAAUGGGAGUGGAUAAAGCCAAUGUCAGGUUUGUUGCUCACUGGAAUAUUGCCAAGUCUAUGGCUGGAUACUACCAGGAGUCUGGCCGGGCUGGCAGGGAUGGGAAGCCUUCUUGGUGCCGUCUAUAUUACUCUCGGAUUGACCGGGACCAAGUCAGCUUCCUAAUCAGGAAGGAAGUAGCAAAGCUCCAGGAAAAAAGAGGGAACAAAUCUUUUGAUAAAGCCACACUUUUGGCCUUCGAUGCCCUGGUGACCUUCUGUGAAGCACAGGGGUGCCGCCAUGCUGCCAUUGCCAAGUACUUUGGGGAUGCACCGCCUGCCUGCUCCAAAGGCUGUGACUACUGUCAGAACCCUGCAGCUGUGCAGAGGCAACUGGAUGCUUUGGAGCGCAGCAGCAGCUGGAGCAAGACCUGCAUCAGGCCCUCCCAGGGAAAUGGCUUUGACCCUGAGCUGUAUGAGGGAGGCCGCAGGGGCUAUGAUGGAUUCAGCAGGUAUGAUGAAGGUUCUGGAGGCAGUGGCGAUGAGGGCAGAGAUGAGGCCCACAAACGAGAAUGGAGUCUCUUCUAUCAGAAGCAGAUGAGUCUGCGCAAGGGCAAAGAUCCCAAGAUAGAAGAAUUCAUACCCCCAGAUGAGGACUGUCCCCUGAAAGAAGCUUCUAGUAGGAGGAUCCCCCGGCUCACUGUGAAGGCCCGAGAGCACUGCCUGGGGCUUCUGGAGGAGGCUCUGAGCAGUAACCAUCAGGCUGCAGGUUGCACUGUUGGAGUGGACCUUCGCACCAGGGCUGUGGAGCUGGAGCACAAGACAUUCCAAAAUGCCAAGAUGGCCAACCUGUACAAGGCCAGCGUGCUGAAGAAGGUGGCUGAGAUUCACAAAGCCUCCAAGGAUGGGCAGCUAUAUGACAUGGGAGGUGGCACUGAGAGCUGCAGUGCCCAGGUGGAGCCCCCGGAGCCCAAUGAGUAUGACAUACCACCAGCAUCCCACAUGUACUCAUUCAAAGCCAAGAGGACGGGAGCUGGCUUCCUCAAAGGCUCCUCCCCAUUCCAGACAGCCACUGAGCUGAUGGGGAAGUCUCACACACAGGAGCAAGCCCCCCAGCCCACAGAAGGAGGUGAGCCGGAGGCCCCCAGCCAACUCUGUGUUCUCCAGGAUGAGGAUAGAAGUGUGCUUCUCCCUGGGCCAAGUGAAGAGGCCCCUGCUGGUAGGGCAUAUUGUGGGGGACCCUCCCCUGAGAAAAAGCUAAAAGGCUCCUGUGGGAACAGGUCUGUGGCCAAGGCCCAGGCCAGCAAGAAACAGCAGCUCCUAGCCACAGCAGCUCACAAGGGUUCCCAGAAUAUCACCCGCUUCUUCUGCCAAAGGGUGGCAAACCCACUUGUACUUAGUGCAGCCCUGAGGGCAGAAGGUGCCAGUCUUUCCUGUGAGGGGGUGCAGGGACCUUUCAUGGCCCCAGAGAAGAACACAGAGAAGAAAGAUGGAGCCCAGGGGCAUAUAACUGCCCUCCACACAGAGAAGUUUUCCGGGGAGCAGCCAAGCACCUGCCCAUUUAGAGGCCAGGAGACCCUGGAAACAUCGCUCAGCCUCCCAAAGGAGAUACAGAUGGGCAAGCGGCCCAGACUGCAGCAGGAGAACCCAGAUAACCCAACUCAGAAGAGGCCUUGCACCUCAGCCAAGCCCUCCGUCUUAGCGGAAGACAAGGGCAGCACCUCAGCCAGUGGCCAGAGCACCUUGAAUGCCAUAGUCCAACCCCCCUGCCAGCUCUCAGCUCCUGGCAUCUCCCUGAAGGAGGCUGCAGAUGUUGUGGUCAGGUACCUGACCCCCUUCUACAAGGAGGGCAAGUUUGCAUCCAAGGAGCUGUUUAAAGGCUUUGCUCGCCACCUUUCACACUUGCUGACUCAGAAGACCUUGCCUGGGAGGAGUGUGAGGGAAGAAGCCCAGAGCCUCAUCAAGCAGUUUUUCCUUGGCCGUGUGAGAUGUGAGAGUGAAGCCGACUGGCACAGCUUGUGUGGCCCACAGAGAUGACCUGCUGCUGGCCUUACAGAACUGGCAAUCUCCCCAAACUCAUGAGCCAGUCUGGGCCUUGCUCAGAAUAGGAAGCUGGGCAGGCCUGCUGGUGCCAGGGGUACCAUCUUUCUCAGGGCCCUUCCCUCUGACAACCAUAUCUCACAUUGGAGAUGGUCCCAGAUGCUUCCCAAAUCAAGUCAGAGGUCAAGGGUCAGCCAGCCUUCCUGCUUGUAAAGCCUGUGGUCCUUCUCAGAGGCUGCUUGUCUCUCCCAGCCCUGAAGGCUGCGUUUUCUGGGUCAGAUCCCCAGGUUAGAGGUGGCAGGUGGUGUGGCUGCUGCCAGCAGCAGAGCAGGAAUGGCCUUUUGUCUCACACUCACCAGGUUCUGAGCCAGGAGCAAGGGCCACCUGUCCAAGGAAUGGGGCCUGCUCAGGGCCUCUGUUUACCUGCUUCCCUUGAGAUGCCAGCCUUGCCUCAGGUGUAGAGUUGGUGGGAGGAGUGGUGGCACACAGGCCCUACGCUCAGCUUAGCUGCUGGUCAGGAAGGCGAGGCCUGGCUGUGUUUACAGGAGUAAUAAAGUAUUGUUUGCCUGACAUA